AUGCUUCCUGAUGAGAUGGAGGUCCGCGAGGCGUGCCGACAGUUGGACGCUAUGCUACAAAUUUCUGUCGAUAAUAUACUUGAACUGCUGGAUAACUCAGCAAUGGGAGACGCUAAGAAGGGCUCGAUUUUGAAGAAGAUGCGUGAACGCGCACAAACGUUGCGAGAGAAAGAAGAAUUUGAAGAAGCAAAGAAGAAGGAGCUCCGAUUGCCUGACAAAAGGAAAGGCUUGAGAAAAUCAGUCUUGCAGUCAGUACUGUCGCGUACUGAUCUCUCACGUGAAGAGCUGGAGCAACUCAAAGAAGAGUUGAACGAGCAGAAAACCUUGAAUAGCUAG